AUUGGAGCUGCCAUUCAAUUUUUAAUAUUGACCAUUCUUUCAGUGAGUUUGGCCGCUCCCUCUAGUACUGCAAAUUUACUUUCUGCAUUCAAGUGUAAUUGAGUUAGAUCUUGAAAAGAUUAUUCAUUUGGACAAGUGAUCUCUUAAAUGGCAAAACGACAAUCUAGCCCUGCGCAGGUGUUGGGCCAGUUUGCAAGGGUGUACCAAGAUGGCGGCUCUGGAGUCGCUGUCAGUGAAUGUGAUGCGCGGCAGUGAUGUCAUCACGCACACGCAAAUGUGCACAGCAAACGAUAGGAAGAGUCAGCGCCGUAACCAUGUACCGGACUCCGAUGCGGCCCGCACUUUCCCCAGAAAUAACUCUGGAUAUGGACAGCCCUCGGCGGGAGAGUUCGCCUGAUAGGUCUAGUCGCUCUUGGUCUCGGGGUCGCUCCCCCGGCAGGCGACGGUCUAGGUCCCGUUCCAGACCGCGCCGUUCAAGAUCCCGGGGCCGGUCCCGUUCCAGACCGCGGCGUUCCAGAUCCCGAGGUCGCUCUCGUUCUAGACCGCGUCGAUCCAGAUCUAGAUCCGGGGGGCACUCGCGUCGCUCUGGACGUUCUCGCUCCAGACACCGUCGGUCCCGCUCCAGGUCUCCUUACUCCCGCCGCCGCAGCCCUUCUCCCUACUCCCGCCGCGGGCACGAAUCUCAGUCCCACAGCUACAAGUAUGAGCGAGAGAGCAGCGACUUGCGUCGCUACUCUCCCAGUUACCUUUCUGAUAAAGUUGCCGAUAUUCCUUCCUCCCGACCGGACCCCUUACACUUGCCCCCUGAACACCCCUCCCUGGCAAGUCUCAGAGCUACUGAAGGGAGGCGGGGCUCUGCAGACAGAUCCCCUGAUAUAAGGGGACAGAGUUCCAGCACCGUGCCUGAUAGUCAGAUGGGCAUUUACCAGGGCACUUCUGACUCCCAACUCCGUCCUGGUUAUGCUCAAGCAAUACCAGGAAUUCAGGAACAUGAGUUGAGGCGCCCCUUAGAUGAACCACUGCCAAUGCCCAAGUCUAUACUGAAAAAGCGUGCUGAGCCUGAACAGAUGACUGGAGACCCUUCUACUAAGGUGGCUGGUUAUUUAAAUAGCAAAGAAAUUCCAAUGCUGGGGAGUUUUAGCUCUUCAGAGUCUUCUGGGGAUUCUGCCAGCAGAACAGUCGUACAACAGGGAGCAACUGACAAAACUCUCCAAUCAGACAGUUUGAGCACCAGCAGGAUGAACAUCCCUACUGUGGCCCCACCAGGCAGCAAUUCCAGACCCUCUCUGUCUCAAUCAGAUAAUAAUAAAAUACCAGAGUUAGGAAAUAAGAAUGGCAACCAGUUGUCACAUGGUCAUAAAAUGGAUAAUUUCCCGUUUAGCGGUGAUUCCAUGAAACCGUUUUCAGACUCCGUGGACCCUUCUUACAAAACAGCAGAAAAAAAAGAUUCUUUUUUUUUGCCACGUGAUCAGGCUAAGGAAGAGGCCAAAGCCUUAUUUCCUAUUCCUGAUAAAGUAAAAGAAUCCAUUGGCAGUCCAAAGAACCAAAGGAACGUUUCAGAAGUAGAAGAUGAAGAGUUAUUCCUUUAUGGUGAUGAACAGGGGAAAAAACAAAAUGAGGAAUCAUCAAAAGCUGCCCCUGCAGAAACUCCUGCAACCCCUCCGGCAAACGACGACCCGAAUACCCAGGAGUUUGAGAAAAUCCAUGAUUUGUUGAAGACCAUUGGCUUGGAUAUUGGUGUGGCAGAAAUUGGCAAACUUGCUGUUCGAACCCAGGAGCGGCUUCAUGGUAAAAAACCAGCUCCACAGUCUACUCAACCGGUGUCCAAACAGCCUUCUCAGCCUGCAUCUAAGCAGCUUCCCCAAGCAGCAUCCACACAGUCACCCAUACCAGCAACAAAGCAGCCACCCCAGUCAGCUUCCCAGCAGCCAUGGCAACCAGUGCCCAGACAACUUUCUAAACAACCACCAGCAUCUCCCCCAGUGGCCCAGAAGCCAUCUCUUCCAGCACCCCAACAGAAACAGACACCUGAGCUUCACCAUGGUAUAAGCAAUACAGCCUCUGCUGAUUCAGGGUCCAAAACUGGUGUAUCCGUGUCUGGAAAAAAGGAUAAUGAAAGAGAGCCUUCUCAGUCACCCAUAAACACAGAACAGGUGCCUAUGCCCAUUCCUGUUGUUAAAGAGAAGACACCACCCAUGGCCGCACCCAAAGUCGAAAUACCAGUGCCUGCAACCACAGCAAAUCUUCAGGCAGAGCAAGCACCUCCGCCUGUCAGUACUUCUCAGAUUCCCAUGUAUGCUUCCUACCCACCAACUCAGAUGCUAUCAGGAUAUGGCAUGGCUCCCUCAGUACAUCCCCCUAGCUACAAUCCCUACAAUCCUUACGUAGCCUACCCAACCUCCAGUUGGUCAAUGUAUGGCCAUAUCCACCCUUCUCUACCUACUCACAUACCACCUCCAAGUAACAUGGUGGUACCACCUCCUGUUCUUACACGCAGCAACCUCCGUAUUAUUGAAACAAAAGAGGAUAUACAAGUUCCUGUCAAAAAUGAUGCACCUCCUUCAACAACUGCACCAACAACAUUAACACCCUCCCUUACAAAACUAGAUCAGGAUCGCAGAAACAAGGAGGCUGAAAAAAUAAAGGUGCUCGAUGAGCUGGAGGCUAUAAAGAAAGAACAGAGCAAGCGGAAGGAGAGUCUGCACACUCUAGUUGCAAAGGUAGAGCAACUUCGACUCCAGCAAGGGGUCCUGUUGAGAAAAAAGCAACGGGAGAAAUAUGGGCACAAGGACCCACUCCUGGAGGAGCUGAACUCUGUACUAGAUAGCGCACAGAAGCAGAUAAAAGCUUUGGAUUUGGAAAUAGCUGAAGCCAAUAAAAAACAACAGCAGCUUUCUAAAGUGGCAGAAAUUCUGGGUAUCAAACCUACUGAACUGGCUGGAAAACUUUACUCUGAGAAGACUUCUAUAAAGAAGGAAAAAUCCUCUAGUCCACCCAGUCCGUUGCGCUCAAAGGGCUCUGACACCGAUCUGAAAUCCACCUUUGACUCUAAGGGAUCCUCCUCCUCCAAGACCAGCAAAUCCGCAUUGACUAAGGAUGAGGAGAAGCACAGCUGGGAUAUUGGAAUCAAAUACAAAGAUGUUAAAUCUAGCACUAAGUCACGAUCCAGGGGUUCUUCAAGCUCUUCAAGCAGCAGCGGAAAGGCUUAUAGACAUUCAAAACACAGAGGCUCUUCUCCCAAAUCUCCAAGAUCUAGCUCUGACAGAUAUGGCUCAGAGCCAAAGAAGUCCACUUCUCCAAAGUCAAGAGGUGAAAAGUCAAAGUCCAAAAGCCCUCGACCCACUCAGUCAUCUCCUAGUACUGCGUACCAAGUUGAUGAAAAACAUUCCUUUGAUCUCUCUGAAUUGUUUGAAUAUUAUGAUGGUGGAAGCCAUUGGUGUGAGAAAUGCAACUCAGUCCAUUUGAAACUGGUUGAUUUCUUGUUGCACUUACAUGGUACAAAGCACAUGGAGGCAAGUGGUAACCGAGAAAACCGUCCCUGGGCUAAGGAUAGUGCCCCUAAAUUGAAGCAGCGUGGGAAGCAGACCAUUUCUCUUCCGUUUAGAGGUGCAGAGUUCCUGCUUCCUACAAAUGCAUACUACUGUGAGCUAUGCGAAGAGCUGUGUGCAGAUCAAAGCUCUGUAGAGGAGCAUUUAAAAUCAUUUGUUCAUAAUAAAAAAUAUAAGAAACAUACAGAGGAAAACCCAACCUAUGAAGGAAUUAGACAGGAAAUGAAGAAAACUAGUUUAGCUAGUUUAGCUGCCAUUAAAGAGACUGAGCGAAAGCAACCGAUAGAGCAAAAGCGGAAAGUAGAGGAGAUUGUACAUGAAAUUAAGCAAGAAAAUAAAUCUAAAAGGUCCAAGAAAGAGGAGGAAGAUAGUCGGAAGAGAAAGCCUAUCGAGCCAAUUAUAUCAGACCCCAAGAAAAUCUCUAAGCCAGAGAAAGAGAUGCCUGCUAAAACAUUCGGCAAGUUCACCUGGAGGGCACACGAGAACAAAAGCCAGAUUAGUACAGCUUCUGCUAUUGCUUCUACCGCAUCAAAAGUUGAAAGCCCCACUGUUACUCAGGAGAACCCAAAAGAGGAGGAAAGUAAUAGUCCUCCAGCUAAACAAAAGGCAAUUGAAAUAAAAUUAUUGGGUAAACCUCCUUCCCAAGGAAGCAACUUGACUUCUGCAACUACUAACUCUGUAGCUACUAAAUCUGCAACUUCUGCUUCACCAACUUCUGCUUCACAGGGGUCAGUAAGACCUAACUUGCCCAUUCCUAUGGCAGUGCUUAGGAAGACAAGUAGUUCAGCAUCUGUAAGCAAACCGGCCCCUCUUAAUACCUUUUUAUCCAUAAAAUCUUCCAGUUCUUUUUCAAAGCCUUUACCAGUUGUAAAAUCUAAACAUGAGGGAGUGUUACCACAGGAAGCGAUUUCGAAAGCAUUUGGAGGCCAACAGGUUUUCCUGAAGGAAACAAAUUAUGCAGACAAAAAGCAAGAGGAAACUACUCCAAAUAUGAAAGCUGAAAAUCAAAAGACCUCUCCAUCAAGCAAUGCAAAAGAAACACAGAAGCUAAAAGAAUCUCCUCAUUUGUAUGAUCUCUUUUCCAAUAAACCCGAGGCAGAUCCUAGCAAAAAGUUGGUUUCCUCUACUCCAGGCGAAAUAGACUUUAAACCAAGCAUCCCAAACAGCGAACUGAAAAAAGUGGAAAAUCCUCCUUUGAAGCCAGAUGAGAGUUUGAAGACUCCAUUGGUAGCACAAAAAUCUGUUACUACUUCCGGCACCAAGACAGUCCCGAUUUCAAGCAGUACAUCCAAAGAUCAGAAUGAUUCAAAAAUUAAAAAUACGUAUCCGAGUUCUAGUGAGAAGCCUCAUUUUCAAGUGCCCAGAUCUGUGGCACCUUCUAUUCCGACAGUGUCUAAUAACAAUACAUCUGUUAAAUCUGACAAAGCAGAAUUAAAAUCAGCGACUGUUUCUGGAAGCACUUCUGCACCUAGACAGGCAAACACACCAUUUUUGUUUUCAAAAGAAAAAUACACUUCCGAAUCCAAACCAAAUACUCCUGUUUCUAAAAGUUGUGCUAACCUCUCAAAACCUUUAGAUGCCAAGCCAAGUUCAGCAACUGUAACAACCAAGCCCCUAAGUGUUUCACAGCCUCAAUCAAAGCCUUUAUUAUUCCCUGCAUCUACUACCCCAAAUAUGCCUCCUACUAAACCUGUGUCCAGUUACAGCAGUACUGUACAGUUGAAUCAGAAGUUUAAAAGGGCUCCUCUUGCCCUAUCAACAUCUUUGUUUGGACAUAUGCCAGGUUUUGCCCGUAAUGAAAUCAAGAUAACAUCUGCAGUAGUUCCAAAUGCCUCUACAGUAGCUCAGAAUUCAAGUGUAAAUAAAGAGCAGGACUCUUUGAAAAAAAUAGAACCAUCAACCCAAGUUAAAAAGCAACCGACUUCUGUAUGUAAACCUGAAGCUAGUAAGAAAAUGCAAGAUGAACUGGACUCUUACUAUAAAUUUAUAUCUACUGAAGACGACCCUGAAGAUUUGACAACUUCUGAAGACCAAGAUGUAGCUAUGGAGGAAUCAACAGUGACUCCUUUACAUGUUAAAAUAGUCGCGGCCCCAAUAAAAAGGGUUGUUUCUGGGAUUUCAAAACCAACUGUAGCGCAAGCAGUAUCCGCCACAGAAGAGUUAGAUGAUUCAAAUAUGGCUUGUGAGGAUGCACCAGAAGCUCCUGAUUCAUCCUCAUAUCCAAGUUCCAGUCCUGUUUAUGGACAUGGGUACUUUUCAUCUUCUUAUGGUGCCCAUAAGACACCAGUGACUGCAAGCAGGUACUCUCCUAAACCCUUGUAUUCUACAGGACAGCUACACAAGGUUUCUUCAAAAAAAGGCGCAGGUCAAGUGGAUUUACCAGUAGAUGAUUUUACCAUGGAAGAGGACUUGUCUGUAUUAACUACUUGUGACGAGUCUGAUUAAACCAUAGAAAACGGUAAAAUCCAUCUUGUUAAUAUUAAGAGUUCAAUAUUGUUUUCCUUUCACCUGUAUUCUAAGGUAACCUGCGUAUUUCAUGAGGUUUGGGUAUUUGUAUAUAAUGUUACCAGUUUAGCCCCUAGCCACACCAAGAAAUUAGGUAGAUGGUAUAUUACUUUUGGACUUUUUACACGCAGAUCAGUCUGGGAGGUAUUUUCUAUCUUUUCGCACAGGCAUCGAUAAACAAAAUGCAGUGGAAAUGCAGAGCAGAUAAGCAGUGAACCUGGUCAUUAUCGUCCUUCAGUAAAAGAACAACCAAGGAAGACCUUUUCUCUUAAAGGAAAUGUUUUGUGCAUUCUGGGAAAGAUUUGAUUUGUCUUUGUGUUCCUUACCAAGCCUGUAUAUAUUGACGUACAUAAUUGUAUUAGAAUAAUUGUGUAGAUACCUGCCUGAAGAUGGCCUGAUCUACUGCAAAUGGGGUAAAGAAAGAAAGCCCUGAAUUCUCUGAUACCUACAGCUUGAAGUUCAUUUGAUUAAUGUUCAAAAGUAUAAAAUCAGUUUUGCUUCUGUUGUCCAAAUACUUUUCAUUAUGAGCUGAAAGUCGUUUUAACGUCAUUGUACCCUGUUGUUUUUGUACCUUUAAACUAAAGUUGUCCUGUAAAUACUCAAAAUGUUAUUUUAGGCCCUAUUGUGAAAUCUGUUUAAAGUUUGCUUAAAGAAUUUCAUGUUUGAAGUUGACCAAUGAACUACUUGCUGUGUUCACUUUCCAGCUUAGUAGAUGAUUUAGUUCCGUAUCUGACCUGAUCAUAUUUUGCCCUGUGUUGAGUAUGGAUGCUAAUAUGUUGUAGAUAUUGGAUUCUGCUUAGAUAAUACAAUUUUCUUGCUGUAAUAAUGUAAAUGUGUUGAUUCUGAUCACCUUGCUCCUUAUCAAACUUUUUUUCUCUCUCUCUCUCUCUUUAAAUUUGAAGGAUUUCACGUUGCGGUUGCAUUGCCAGUAAAUCUGUUAACUGAAUGUGGACUUCUAUCAUCUUCUGAGACCGUCUUUAUUUGCAGUUCUGCGUUAUAACGUCAUGUAAACAAUAUUGUUUGCUGACACAUUGGACUGUUCUUGCCUCCAUUUUACUGCAAACCUACUGUGACCUGAAUUGCAGCACUUAGUCCAUUGCAUCUGUAGAAAAUGUGUUGUUUUAUUAUAUUAUUUUUAAUAAAAGUAGGUGAUCAAACGUA